AUGACCGUAAGACAUGCAACGCUGCAGUUAAUGGUUUCUAUAGCGAUUUUCUGCUUUCUCUGUGGAAUAAAUGUUGGUGAACAAAGCGGCAUUAAGAAGAAAGAAAUGAAUGAUAAAAUCACCAGAUUGAUGCAGCAAAUGACUCGAGAGGAAAAAAUUGGUCAACUCAAUUUGGUCUCAUUAGGAUUUGAUAUAACAGGACCGAUUGUUAGUCAAAAUGUUGACGAAAAUAUUCGUAACGGACUAGUUGGUGGUGUUUUCAAUACGUAUACUCCCAUUGCCGUUCGUAAAAUACAAGAAUUAGCAGUUAACUCUAGUCGUUUACAUAUUCCGCUUAUAUUUGGAUACGAUGUCAUUCAUGGUCAUCGAACCAUUUUUCCGAUUGCAUUAGGCUUGAGUAGCACAUGGGAUAUGAAGCUCAUUGAACAGAGUGCAAGGAUUGCUGCUCGAGAAGCAAGUGCUGAUGGAUUACAAUGGGUAUUUUCACCCAUGGUUGACAUUACUCGAGAUCCACGCUGGGGACGAAUAUCAGAAGGAUCUGGUGAAGAUCCAUGGCUGGGAUCACAAAUAGCUAAAGCAAUGGUACGUGGUUAUCAAGGUGAUGAUUUGAUGAAAAAAGAUACAGUAAUGGCAUGUGUGAAACAUUUUGCUUUAUAUGGUGGGGCGGAAGGUGGCAGAGACUACAAUACUGUCGAUAUGAGUCGUAUUAGAAUGUAUCAGGAUUAUUUACCACCAUAUCAGGCAGCCGUUGAUGCUGAUGUUGGAAGUGUGAUGACUUCAUUCAACGAAGUCGAUGGAAUACCCGCAUCGGCAAACAAAUGGCUUCUUGAUGAUUUAUUACGUCAUCAAUGGAAUUUCACCGGUUUUAUUGUGACGGAUUACACGGCUAUCAAUGAAAUGGUUGAUCAUGGAAUUGGAAAUUUAAAACAAGUAUCCGCUCUCGCUCUAAAAGCUGGUGUUGACAUGGAUAUGGUAGGUGAAGGUUUUCUUCGUACAUUGAGUGAAUCUCUCGAUGAGAAUGAUAUUACCCAACAACACAUUGAUCGGGCUUGUUGGCGAGUGUUAGAAACUAAAUAUAAAUUAGGUUUAUUCGAUGAUCCCUACUUAUAUUGUGACGAAAAUAGAGCUGCCACAGAAAUUCUGACUAUUGAAAACCGUCUGGCUGCUAAAGAAAUCAGCAAGCGCUCAUUUGUCUUGUUAAAAAAUGCCAAUCAAACAUUACCAUUAAACAGACGAGGUAUAACUGUUGCUCUCAUUGGACCCUUGGCUGAUGAUCAACGAAAUAUGCUGGGAAGCUGGUCGGCAGCAGGUGAUUGGAAGCAAUCAGUCAGUGUUGCUACUGGAAUAAAAAAUCUAGUUGGGGACGAAGUCAAAGUCGUCUACUCAAAAGGAGCGAAUAUAAUCGAUGAUCCUGAUAUUCUCGAUCAAUUAAAUGCGAAUGGAGGUGAUAUUAUUUUAGACGAUCAAUCACUAGAAAUACUCAUAGAACAAGCUGUGUGUGAAACACAAAACGCCGAUGUAAUUGUGGCUGUAUUGGGCGAGUCUCAGGGGAUGUCAGGAGAGGCUGCCAGUCGAUCGGACAUCGGUUUGCCAGAAAAUCAAAAGAAAUUAUUACGAGCCCUAUUUGACACGACAAUACCAGUGGUGUUAGUAUUGAUGAAUGGGCGCCCAUUGACUUUGACUUGGGAAAACGACCAUGCAGCUGCUAUAUUAGAAACAUGGUUUCCGGGUACAGAAGCAGGAAAUGCCAUAGCUGAAGUGUUGUUCGGCGAAUAUAAUCCAUCUGGUAAACUCACAGUAACAUUUCCACGAAACGUCGGACAGAUACCAGUUUAUUACAAUCAUAAAAAUACUGGUAGACCGUAUGAUGGUCACAGUAUGGAGAAAUAUAAAUCUCGAUAUUUGGAUGUUUCAAAUGAUCCGCUGUAUCCGUUCGGAUUUGGUUUAAGCUACACGACAUUUGAAUAUAGUCCUCUAAAACUCGACAAAACAAAUUUGACAGGCAACCAGUUAUUAACUGUUCGUGUUUUAAUACGAAAUAGUGGCACAUAUGCCGGGGAAGAAGUUGUUCAGUUAUACAUCCAUGAUCCUAUAGCGAGUGUUACACGGGCAGCGAAAGAAUUAAAAAGAUUUGAGAAAGUUUUCUUACAACCGACAGAGCAUAAAGAAGUGGCAUUCGAUAUUACUGUGGACGACUUGAAAUUUUAUAACAGUGAUUUACAGUAUGUAUGGGAGCCAGGCGAGUUUAUAAUUCAUGUCGGCACUAACUCACAAAACACCCAAGCGGUCUCCGUGCACUGGUUCAAAUAG